AGCGCGCGGAAGGAGGUUACUCCUGAUGUGCCUGGCCUUAUCACUGCAGCCGCCGCGUUCAAGCUGCCGGAGACGCGCCUGAAUGGCUCUUCGAGAGUGCUAGGUGUGCCUCGGCUGUGGUCUUGCAGUCUCGGAAGUGCGACAUGGAGCGCCAACACUGACAUCGACUUAUGUGGGAGUGACUUGGCGAGUAGUGAAGGAGUCUUUCACCAGUCAACUUUACGCGGACGUUCACGUUAUACAGGUGGGCACUACGGACGCCGCCCCUUUCCUGUCGGGUCUGCGCCAAUAGCCACCGGAACAAGCAUCGGCUACGGGUACCUGCGUUUGCCCCGCAUUCGGAAACCUCCAAACUUCGGCUCUCAUUGCCGCUUGGUCAGUGGAGGCGUUCUUGAAGAGGUCUGCGCUGAAGACAGUGUUGCGGCCGCCGUGUUGUGUAUGCAAGCUAGUCAGUGUUCAUAGAUAUAGUCUUGUCACUGUGGACUCAAUUAGGCUGUUCGGUUACAAGAUUCCUCAUUAAUUGGCGAGUUCGAAAUGGAUAACUUAACAAGAAUUGAAGAGGACAGGCGCAGGGGUAACAGCCCCUACAAGACAGCCACCACCAUUGCUGCUGUGGUGGCCAUUUGCGAGUUCUUCGAAGUGUGGAGUUUUGGAUGGACGCUGCUGACAUUCUUGGUUCCAGAGUCGUUGGGCAACCUCCACAACACCACCAGCCUGGGUGCGGAGUUCGAAGGAAUCAGUCUGCGCUAUGAAUACACUUUCUGCGUGGUGGCAAUAUUGGUUUUCCAGCUGCUUUAUUUAUUCAGCGCAGCAGCUCUGAUAUGGUCAAAUAAGAAUGACAAGGCUACGGCAUUUCCACUUUUCGUUUUCACAUCCGUCGUCAGCCUUCUUCAGAGCGUUACUAUAACAAUAUACUUCUUCGCAACCUCCGAGAUGAUAUUCACGUACUUCUUCGAGCCGGAAAAUGAGACUGCACUGGCUUUCUUCCUAAUCUUCCUCUACUUCUCCCGCUACUUCUUCCUCGGCUGGAUUGUAAAGCUCGCCAUUGUGAUGUGCGUGCACAAGAGAAAGGAGGAAAUAGACAGCGAGAAGGAGAGCAUUGACAUUCAGACUGCUGUGGACAAAGCGUUCAAGAGUGUGUUUGAUCCUGAACCUGAAGAGCCUCACGUGCGACCAGAGGCCAUCCCGGAAACUGUACGGCCGAUUCCUAGGGUGACGGCCGCCGCAACACGAAAGGAACCGGAUGACAUGGUUCCCCGGAGUCAGCCGUCUAAUGGACACCUGAACCGCGCCUACGAAAGGGACCCCGAAGAAAGGCCCCCGAGACAGGACGCGCGGAACCAGGAAACAUCGAGGGAGCCCAGAUAUGCGAAAGAAAAUUGUGAGCCACGGGCUGCGGCGCCCAGGGUUGAAAACAGUGAACCGCCGAGAAGAGAAGAGCGCCGUAGGGGUGACGGAUGGAGGGAAGAGAAGGAAUUCCUGCAGGCACGUGAUCGCCGAAGAGCACCUCGUGACACUCGCGACGAUUACCCCAUGCAGGAGUAUUCCCGCAGAGAGCGCUCCCCGGAGAACUUUUCCGGGAGACCCCAGACACCCGCUGCUGAAGAUGGAGACAGGCUCAGAGAGUCUCGCUUCCAGAUGCACGGACCGGGCUCCAGGCUUCCCUCAGCACCGGAAGAUGUCCACAGACCGUCUCAAGAGUACGAACUCAGAAGCCCACCCUACGACAAGCGGCAAGAGUAUUACCCCAGAGCGGAAGACGAGCAACCACGCAGGGCUGCGGAGCCGAGGAGGCGCCAAGUCGGGGAUCUCAGGCGGGGAGACGGCGGUGCACAGGUGGCCCGCCAGGACGAGUCCAGGAAUAGAGACAAGCCGAGGCCUCGGUCAGAGUACGAUUACAACGAUGCGAGGCAAAGAGCCGCCAGACAGCCUUCACCGACGGACUACGAUCGUUGGGAUGGAGAUUACGAAGGACGCAGUCGGCCACAGCCGGGGAACGAUUCCCGUCGGCCGAUGAGGUGGGAGCCCGAGCACGACGAUUACGGUCAGAGGGAGGUGCGCCCUCGGCAACGGAUGUCUGCGGGUAGUCCCAGGUCUUCGUACGAGGAUUACGAGGCGAACCGAAGCAGGCGCCCUGCCGAGGACUACGGCCUAGAACGGUCCCCGACGCCGCAGCAGCCGCUAGACGCGUCCCGUUACCUUCGUCCCGAAGACGGAGAGUUGCGAGCCAAGAAGCGGCCCUCGUCGGCCCACUACAGCCGCGACAGCGGCCCCUUUGACUACGGCCCAGGCCCGCUGGGUUACAACGUGCCGUCGCCGCACUCUCGGCCCCGCAGCAUGAUGAUGAUGGGCGAGGACGACGAGGACGUCCCUCGUACCGGCGGCUCCACGAGCCUGAAGCGCGAGGAGAGCUUCGUCCAGAAGAUCCUGCCCCGCUACGAGUCCACCACCGGAGGUGCACUGCGCACCGGACCGGCUCCCGUUGGAGGCGUGCCGGCAGUUGGGCCUGCCAGCUUACGCAGAGGCCAGCCGCGGCUGCAGUGACCAUCGCUGGAUGUCGUGCCCUUCUUUCUUCAUCCAAGAAGCCUGUCAUAAGACGCACCUAAGACGAGUCCUGUGACAGUUCUUACGACGUGGGAUAUCAGGCUAAAAGAACUUUUUUUUUAAUAAUUGUUUUUUUUUCAAGCCAGCGCAUUCAACAAAUAAAACAGCCGUAAUAUCUUCACAGCCAUUUUCAAAAAGGCUUGUUCACGUUGUGUCGAUGGGUUGCAAGUUCAACGAGUCAACCUGUCUUUUUUUCUAUAUUUUUAAGGGAAGUUACCAAAUGAGCAGACAGAAUAGUGCGCCAGCUCCGUAAUCAAUCUAGUUACACGUUACCUCAGUAUGGUGCCAUAUAUGUGCAGUAAUUAAAUCAUUCAUGUUUGCAGAGCGUUGAACUCCGUGCAAGUGCUGCAAGACUCGCAGGAAAAAAAAGUGACCUUCGUUCCCCGUUUGCGUGAGUGCACGAUGCAUGCACGGGCGACUUGCGAUAAAAUCAACCCAUUAUGCAGUAUUCAAAAUGUACAAGAUAUUUUUAUUAAAUAAACAUUUAAAAAUGAA